AUGGGAGCCAUAGCAAAACUACUCUCUUAUCCCAACAAAAUCCUCUCCACUUUCCUCUUCCAAACUCUCCCUAAACUCCUCUACUUAUCUCUAUUAGCCCUUUGCGUGUUCCUCAAACACUACCAAAUCUUCACGCGGCGGCGCAGCUACGCGGCCGCGGUGAAGAGGAAGCUGCCGGAUUGCGGCGAAUGCAGCAUCUGCUUGCUGGGCUUCGCCGAGGCCGGGGGCGAGUGCUGCGAGCUGGACGCGUGCGGCCACGCGUUCCACCGGCGCUGCGUGGAGACGUGGCUGAGGGGGCACAGCCCCACGUGCCCGCUGUGCCGGGCCGCGGUGUUUCCCGAGGCGGAGGCGGAGGAGGCCGAGGAGGAGGAGGAGAAGGAUUGGAUCGAGAAGAAGUUUGCUUUGGCGUUGUUGAAUGCAUUGGAUGGUGGUGGAUGUAAUGUUAAUGGCUACUUUUAG